AUCUAGGAAUGAAUGGACGCUGAUCCCUAAGAUAUCUCCAUCCCUCCUCCUCCUAGGACUAUGUGAGGGGCAAACUUUCUAAAAAUCCCGGUGAAACUGAACAGAGACGUUGCAUUCUGGGAUGUGUAGUUCGGUGAGUUGUUGGCCCCCGCUCAUUAACUGGAAACGCUGUGUCUGAGCCAGGAUCUUUCCUUAGGAUUGGAAUUCUGUCUGCGCGCGCUGUGAUGGCGUCGCCGCCGCCGCCGCCGCCGCCACGUCGGUCUCCUUGACUACGAGCCCCAAGCCUCCGGGAGUCCCCGGGGCGCAGCCGAGGCGAGAAUGCUGAGCGGGAGGGGCCGCGGGCCCCUGCAGGUAGUGCAGCGCCGCAGCCAGGACCUCCGAUUCCAGGUUGGACGGUUGCUUUCCGAGAGUCAACUGAAAGGAGCCCUUGAUGCCAAAAAAAGGCGGGAAAUUUAUCAGAGAUGUAUUCAGUUGAAAAGAGAAAUAGAUGAAAACAGAAGGGCUCUUAAAAAUUUAAACAAAGGUGAUGAACUAGCACCUGUGGGAAGCUACAACCAGAGAAAAGAAGAUGAAGAAAACAUUUUGGAAAAGCUUACAAAGCAGCUGCAAGAACUUGCUGUGACUAUAAGUAAAGAAAAUGUAACUCCAGAAGAGAAAGUCCAGGCUAUUUCCCAGACUGAAGAAGUAGAAGACUCUGAAGAAAUUGAUGAUGAUGAUGAUGAUAACAAUGAUAGUGAUGCUGCUGCUGCUGCUGCUGAUGGUGGUGGUGGUGAUGAUGAUAAUGAUGAUGAUGAUGAUGAUGAUAGUGAAGAUGAAGAAAGUGAAGAGGAGGAGGAGGAAGAAGAAGUAGAAGAGGAUGAUGACUCUAAUGAUGAACAGCCAAUUAACAACGAAUAUAUUGCUGUGGGCGACUUUGUUGCUCAGCAAGCAGGAGAUCUCACAUUUAAGAAAGAUGAAGUUCUCCUCAUACUUAAAAAGAAACCUGAUGGCUGGUGGGUAGCUAAGAAUAUUCAUGGAACUAAAGGUCUCGUUCCCAAAACCUACUUGGAGCCCUGUGUUAAAGAGAAAGAGGAACAGGAAUACAGUGAAGGGGAAAGUGAAGAUGAUGUAGAGGUAGUAGAUGAAACAGCCCAUGGAACCGAAAUUAAGCCAAGAACUGAUUCUCAUUGGAGUGCUAUUAGAAAAGCUAUUACAGAGAGUAAUACUAUUGAUGUGUUGACUGCUAUGGGAGCUAUUCCUACAGGAUUUAGACCAUCAACUCUUCACCAGCUAUUAGAAGAAGGAAAUCGUUUUCAAGCAAGUUACUUUUUACAGCCUGAACUUAGCCCUUCACAACUGGCUUUUAAAGAUAUGAUAUGGGAUUCUGAAAAUGGCACUAUCAAACCCAGACCAAGCCGUGUGUCACUGAUUCUAACCUUAUGGAGUUGUAAAAUGAUCCCUCUUCCAGGAGUAAGCUUACAGGUUCUCAGCAGACAUGUCCGUCUCUGCCUGUUUGAUGGAAGCAAGGUUCUUAGCAAUAUUCAUACAGUCAGAGCCACAUGGCAACCUAAACAGCCCAAAACAUGGACGUUUUCUCCACGGGUAACCGGUAUCUUGCCAUGCCUGCUUGAUGGGGACUGUUUUAUCAGAUCCAGUUCUUCAUCACCAGAACUUGGAAUAUUAUUUGAAGUUGGAAUCUCUUAUGUUCGUAAUUCAACUGACGAAAAAGGAGAGUUAAGUUGUGGUUGGGUCUUCCUAAAACUUUUUGAUACCAAUGGAAUACCCGUUCCUCCCAAAACCUAUGAACUUUACUUGAAUGGUGGUACUCCUUAUGAAAAAGGCAUUGAAGUAGAUCCUUCAUUUUCCAGAAGAGCAGCUGGCAGUGUUUUUCAGCAGAUGAUGACAUUGAGAAAACAGCCUCAACUUCUGGUCAAACUGAGAUCUUUAAAUAGAAGGUCAAGAAGUAUAUUGAGUCUACUACCAGAAACAUUAAUAGGAAGUAUGAGCUAUGUUCAGCUGCUGGUAUUCUAUCGAGAAAUUCUUGGUGAUGUGCUCCUGAAAGACAGGAUAAGCCUGCAAAAUGCCGAUUUAAUUAGUAGUCCAAUUCUAUCAACCUUUCCUAAACUCAUGGAGCAACCUGACCUAAUGGAUGUACUUAGGAUUGCGUGGACUGAAAAAGAAAGUACUUUUAAAAGAUCGGAAAAGAAAGACAGAGAGUUUCUGAAGUCCAUGUUCAUUCUCGUGUACCAUGAUUGUAUAUACCCUCUCUUACAUUCCACUCUCCUCCCACCAUCCAGAUGGGCAGAUGAAGAAACUGAAGCUACUCGAUGGAAAGUCAGUUAUGACUUCCUUAAACAAAACCAAGAAAACUCUAAUGCUCUCCAUGCUUUACUGUCACCAGAAGGUAUUCAUGAACCUUUUGAUAUUUCAGAGCAGGCCUAUGACUUCUUAGGAGAAGCCAGGAAGAAUGUGGAUUAAUUGUGAUUGGUCAUUGAGAUUCCAGUCCAUUUGGUGCUAUAUGUAGGAAUAAAUGUAAACUCUUAGUGGUCAUUUGAGCAGAAGGUCAGGAACCAAGUAA